CGAUUGGCGGCGCUGAUAAAAGUAUGAUACCACAUGCGCACAUGGUCAGAAAAUAUUUUAUAUAUUUUGACAGAUUACUUGUCGGGAGCGUGUGUACAUUGCUAGAUUAAUAUUAAAGCGUUUUAAAUAUCAAACAACAAUGGGGAAGAAUAAGAAGACUCGAAAAGUUGUUAUGCAGAAAUUUGCACAAAUGAAGAAGAUGAUAAAUCUAAAUGACGCUAGAAUAAAGCCUGCAAAAAGGAUAGGAUUAAUGAAACCUAAGAAGGAGGAUCCAACUAAGCUGAAAAUAAAAGAAGUGCCUCAGCAGUCUUCGGCGUUGUUCUUUCAAUAUAACACACAAUUGGGUCCCCCAUAUCAUAUAUUAAUAGACACGAACUUCAUUAAUUUCUCAAUUAAAAAUAAAUUAGAUGUUAUAGAAAGUAUGAUGCAAUGUCUGUAUGCGAAGUGUAUACCAUAUGUAACAGAUUGCGUGAUAGGUGAAUUGGAAAAGCUUGGAUCAAAGUAUAAAAUAGCAUUGAAAAUUAUAAAGGAUCCUAGAUUUGAAAGAUUAAACUGCAUACACACAGGAACUUACGCAGAUGAUUGUAUAGUUAACAGAGUGACUCAGCACAAGUGUUACAUCGUGGCUACAAACGACAAAGACUUGAAAAGGCGGAUAAGAAAAAUUCCCGGAGUGCCUAUAAUGUUCGUUCACCAACACAGAUACAACAUAGAGAGAAUGCCAGAUGCGUAUGGAGCACCUAGGACGUAAUUGUUCAAUGAUAUCGUUUUAUACUGUGCAGAGAACUGUAAUAAAAAUCUAUAUCUCAUUUCCGAGAGUGUGUGAUGUUCAGAAGUA